GUAGGCUGCCGGUGGAAGUCGGGCGGGCCGGUGCAGAGAGCAGCGUGGUCCAUCCUGUGACUGACUGACACCCGCCGGGAGGAAAAAAAAAGUUACUCUGAGUUCGCGGACACACUGCCAACAUGUCUGGAGACGACGAGACUCAGGAGCAGACCAUCGCCGAUGACUUGGUGGUCACCAAGUACAAGAUGGGGGCCGAGAUUGCGAAUCAGACUCUGAAGACGGUAGUUGCGGCAGCUACGGCUGGAGUCUCUGUACUCAGCCUGUGUGAAAAGGGCGAUGCCUUCAUCAUGGCAGAGACCGGCAAAAUCUUCAAGAAGGAAAAAGACAUGAAGAAAGGUAUCGCUUUUCCUACUUGUGUGUCAGUUAACAACUGUGUAUGCCAUUGCUCCCCUCUGAAGAGCGACCCUGACAUCAUACUGAAGGAUGGGGACCUUGUCAAGAUCGAUCUGGGUGUCCAUGUUGAUGGCUUCAUCUCAAAUGUGGCUCACAGCUUCAUUGUUGGAGUGACCAAGGACAACCCGCUGACAGGGAGGAAAGCUGACGUUAUCAAAGCAGCUCACCUCUGUGCUGAGGCGGCCUUGCGUCUUGUCAAGCCAGGAAACCAGAACACACAGGUCACAGAAGCCUGGAACAAGAUCGCAAAGUCAUUCAAGUGCUCUCCUAUCGAAGGCAUGCUGUCCCAUCAGCUCAAACAGCAUGUGAUUGAUGGGGAGAAAACCAUCAUCCAAAACCCAACGGACCAGCAAAAAAAGGACCACGAGAAGGCUGAGUUUGAGGUGCAUGAGGUAUAUGCAGUGGAUGUGCUUAUCAGCACUGGAGAGGGGAAGGCAAAGGAUGGAGGUCAGAGGACCACCGUUUACAAACGAGACCCCAACAAGGUGUAUGGCUUGAAGAUGAAGACAUCUCGGACAUUCUUCAGUGAGAUGGAGAGACGCUUUGAUACGAUGCCUUUCACUCUGAGAGCAUUUGAGGAUGAAGGCAAGGCCAGGUUGGGCGUGGUGGAGUGUGCCAAACAUGAGCUGCUGCAGCCAUUCAAUGUGUUGCAUGAGAAAGAGGGCGAAUUUGUAGCCCAGUUCAAGUUCACCGUGCUGCUCAUGGCCAAUGGACCUCUGCGAAUCACCAACAGCCUCUUCGAGCCAGAACUCUACAAGUCUGAGCACGAGGUGGAGGACCCAGAGCUGAAGGCUUUGCUUCAAAGUUCAGCUAGCCGUAAGACUCAGAAGAAGAAGAAAAAGAAGGCCUCAAAGACCGUUGAGAGCGCAACAGGACAGGCGAUGGAGACUGAGGCUGCAGAAUAGAUUCUCUCUCCAAGAAACUCUGACAGACAUCUGAUGACCCAAAGAACAGACGUCACGAAUCCUUCUGUCCCGGCUGUCUGAGGCACUUGCGGGUGUAGCCGCUGUGAAUACCUCCGAAUCUAACUGAUGUCAGUCUGGGAUGAUGCUGCUCCUAAAUUCUGUCACUCCACCUAAAACAACACACACGCACACUCACUCACUCACUCACUCACUCACUCACACUCACACUCACACUCACACACACACAAACACACAAACACACAAACACACACACACACACGUCGUACAUCCCUAAUAAAUUUCACUGUCCUUGAGACAGCCUUAUUCUCUUAAUAGCGGGCACAGUGCUGCUGCAAGAGAUGAUAUUUUGUGCAAGGGCAUUUACUCACUGGAACAUUUAACCAUUCGACUUAUCUUGAGCCUUUUGUCCCUUUUUUCUCCACAACCACAAUAACUGUAGUGAAAGAUAUGGAAAAUAAAAAAUGAGUUUGACAGAGCGGCCAAGGAUGAUGAAUGCACAAUACUUUGUCGGUGUAAUUGUGUGGCAUUUCGUAGAUAACUUCCUUGAGGUCAUAAGCCUGAAGCCAUGCCUUUUUGAAACGAGUGUUAACUUGUCGUGGGCAGAAAUGUUUAACAUCCCUCUUGAACCCGGUAUCUUAUGACAUUCGCACAAUUUAUAAUUAUGACAUCAUUAGUCAUCAUUACUGUUCAGUUCAGCAUAAUUACCACAUUUGUACUGCUCUUGCUUAAGCCUACUAGUCAUUGUGUAUACUUCCAGGCACCUGUACUGUAGGUUACUCAACUAACUAUUUCUAAAACUGACAUUGUAAGUCCAGUUGAGUAAUUUAACUAGUAAAAAAAAGAAAGCAAUUUCCUUUCUCAGUUGUGGAUGGUGUAACUUUUGCCAAGGGUUCAGCAUUUAGUCUUCUGGUGCCACCACUGAGUCUGACAGUCUGUGUUUACAUAAGAAUUCCAUACCUGUUAGAUAUAUGGAUACUUUUGUAAAACAAAUCCCACUUUCAGAGACUAUUUUUGGAAACAUUAAAAAGCCACCUGACAUCA